CAGUAGGGCGAUAGAAAAGCAGAUGCCUCGUGGAAGCAGCUCGCAUUUGUUUUCAAGCGGCUGAACGUAUCGGACGUUGUUUUGUGAAUCCUGGCAAACUGAACCACCGUACCACCAUCCCCCCUCUAAGCAUCUGUUAAUAAUCAUCACUUCAUGUGAGAAAUCAAUGCGUGCAGAGUCGAUGGGGUGCGAGUGAGAAGCGAAAAACUGCGAAGAAAAUAGUAAGACAGCGAGCGAGCAGUGUGCGUGCGUGUGUGUGUCUGGUGUUUUGUGUCGAGUGAAAAGUGCAUUUCUUCUCGUGCGCCUGCCGUGGCGGAAGAGCACAUCGCAGUAGACCUUUCCUUUUUGCUCAGUGUCUGCAGUGUUGGCCCCAAGCUGACGUCAGCGUGGUAAGGUGCGGUAACCUCCUCCCCCGAGAGAGAAAGACUACAAGACGCAUCUUUAUCCCCCAAAACACUUCUGCCCUUCCGUGUGUGUGUGUUGUGUAAGUGUUGUCUCCAGCUGCAAGAAAGUGACCCCAAAAUCCACAGUGACGGAUAAAAAAAAACAUUCCACAACCGGUUUUUGCUUUAUGCUCCACCACCAUCAUCAUCAUCGCCACCACCCCACCGGGGAAUGUCGGAAAGUGAAUAAACAGACACAGCGUGGAGAAAUUAACAUUUCGCGCUCUUCGCAAACGACGAUAACAAAAACGAAAUAGCGAAACGCACAUUAACACCGAUUGUCGAUCGGUGGACGUGGAAAAGUAACAAAAUUCGUAGCUACUACCGUUUGGGGGUACGGUUGUCAUCAUCAUCAUCAUCACCAUCGCAACCUCCUUCUCCGCCAAUGAGCAGGCUACAGUGAGGGACAGAAAAACAAAGCAACACGGACUGCUGCUGAGUAUUGUGUGCCGGCUUUUCUCGACACAGCCACAACAAAUCGCAACCGUCACAGGCCGCCAGUAUGUCGCUGUUCAAUUUGGCACGGUUUGGCGUUGGUGUGGCGCUGGAGGCGGCCAUCACACGUACGGCCGCUCCGAUGACCGUUACCUCCGGUGUGGUGCAGGUGCGCCGCUCCAUCUCCAAGAGCAGCGAGGUGAACAAUUCCGACUUCAUGACGAUCCGGACGGAAAAUCAGAACCAUCCGCACCACCAGAAGGGCAGCAGCCGCAACUGCGACAGCAAGCAACAGAUAAGACUGAAGAAGGUGUCGAGGACACUGUCGACGCUUAACUCCUCCGUACCGGAGGCAGCCACACAGACAGCCGUACCGAAGAGCGAGAGUCGCGAGUUUAUGGCCGUCUUUCCGGACGUGGUGCGCGAUCUGACCGCUUACGCCAGCAAGUACGACAAGAACGUGGCGACCAAAUGGUUCGUGAAGGCACUGCAGUACAACGUGCCCCAGGGCAAGAAGAACCGCGGGCUUGCCUGUGUGCUGGCGUACCGGAUGUUGGCCCGGUCGGAGGAUUUGACGCCGGAGAACAUCCGCCGGGCCCAGUAUCUGGGCUGGGCGAUUGAGAUGCUUCACUCGAUGUUCCUGAUCAUGGACGACGUUAUGGAUGGAAGCGUGACACGCCGCGGCCAACCGUGCUGGCACACGCUGGACGAUGUGAAGCUGUCGGGCGUCAACGAUGCCAUCAUGAUCGAGGCAGCCAUUGCGCACCUGGUCAAGAUACAGUACGGCAACGAGCCGUACUAUCCGCGGCUGCUGGAGCUGUUUAACGAGAUGAAGUUCAUCACGACCAUCGGCCAAUCGCUGGAUCUGCGCUCGGCCAAGCUCGAUGUGACCGACUACUCGAUGGAUCUGUACAAAUCGAUCGUGUUCCACAAAACGGCCUACUACACGUUCUACCUCCCGGUUGCCAUGGCCAUGCACCUUACUGGCUAUACCGAUCCGGAGAUGUUCCGGCAGGCGAAAACGAUUCUGCUCGAGAUUGGCCAGUUCUACCAGACGCAGGACGAUUUCUUCGACUGCUUCGGCGACCCGGCCGUCAUCGGCAAGGUCGGUACGGACAUUGCCGAGGGCAAGUGCAGCUGGCUGGCGGUGGUCGCGAUGCAGCGCGCCACCGAGGAGCAGAAGGAAGUGAUGAAGGCGUGCUACGGAUCGACGGAUCCGGAAAACAUUGCGCGCGUGAAGAAGCUGUACGAGCAGCUCGGCCUGCCGACCACCUACAGCAUCUACGAGGAGGAAUCGUACAACAUGAUCAAGACGCACAUUCAGCAGAUAUCGCGCGGCCUUCCGCACGAACUGUUCUUCAAGAUAAUGGAGAAGAUUUAUCGACGCGAAGCGUAAACUGAUUCCGGUUUUGCUGCCUGGUGUUGUUUACUCGCAAUAAUUAUCCCUGUCGUUCACAUUCGAAUCUUGCUCUGUCGUCACUCUGAGCGGAGGGAAGGUUUUUUCUAGUGAGAGUGUCAGAGUGUCACAUCCCCGUAUACACAUUGGAGCAAAUAUAAGCAAACCACGUGUUCGUAGUGAAGGAUUUUUAGAAAAUCUUUCAAAAAAAAAAAAAAAACGAAACAAAAAAAGGAAGUAAGGGAUUUAGACAUAAGAGUAGAAUGAAAUCCGUUUCAUGAAAAAAAAGAGAAAGAGAGAGGAGCAAAUCACAUUGUAAAAGGUUUAUUGGAUAAUGUGAAAAUCCACCUGUUUAGGGUAAAGAUUGUGGUUAUAACAAAACAGUAGGAUUUUAUUAAGCAUGAGAGAAGAAUUGUUACACAAAAGAUGUACACACACACACACACAUUACAUUACAUUACAUUGCUUUCCCACACCCCACUCCUCUAUGUAAACCUCCUUUUUUCCUGUUUGUCAACACUUACUUCCUCCGCUGGGAUGGAACUUGGCAAGCUGCAACUGUAACCAACUACUACCAUUCGCAAGCAAUUUCGAGCGAGAUGGGUGUAUACUUAAUACAGACAGACCGUGAGUUGGGAUCACACGGCGAUGAGCAUUCAUCCAUUCCUUUACGGGUGUACCCGUAAGCAGAAGGUACAUACAUCCCAUACAUCCCACUACCUAGUACUAUUACCACUCGCCACCCCCAUUCCGCAUCAACAUGAUUCCGAUGUUCUGUGCGCAAGAGAUAGAGCAGCAGGAACUCAUAACGAUUCGAGGUAACGAACGCAUUGCUUGAGCAUUGCAAACGAAACAAAAACCCACACAUUGCACACAGAAACAGUCCGUUGUGUGAAGAAAUUGGAGCUGUAUGGAGAGAAAUGCCGUACUAAUAAUAAUAAUCAACUGUAGCGUUUUAAGCGGCACAUUUAAACCACAGAGAUUGAAAGAGUGUGGUGGGUAUACGGAGGGUCAGUGUGUCUUCCUGAAGCAAAACAAAAGGGGGAAGCAAAUGGAACAAUUGUACACGCCGAUUGCAGAUUGGUAAAGAGUUAGAAGUGCAGCAGCAAUGUUAGAAAAGGGGAGAAAAAGCUACACAGACGACAGUCAGAGGAAAGCGAUGGCUUCCCCAUACAGCUAUUGAAUAUAUGGGACGCAUGAUAAUAAUGGAUUGAAAAGGGCCAGUAGGCUCAAAGUCUCUAUAAAAAUCAAUAAAAAAGAUAAGAAGAAAAAAUGAAAUGAAAUUGAAAAUGAUGAAACGAGCGUGUGGUAAAGGAUCAGUGAAAUAUGAAGCAUUAUGUUUUCUUAUUAUAAAUUAAUGAUUAAUAAAAGCAGGAAACUUUGUAAAAAUGUUAA